CCGUACCCGCUUCCAAAAUGGCCGCCUGAGCGCCGCGAGGCGCUGACACCAUGGAGCCGCUGCGGCCUAUAAGGGGGCGACGCAGGGAUCUCCACGGCAACGGCGGCCGCGGUACCGGACAGGCGGGUCUCGGGGGUUCGGGCCUUGACGGGAGCCGUGGUCGGACGGCGGAAGGAUGUCGCUGUCUGCCUACUGCAUCCUCCGAGUUGUGGGGAAGGGCAGCUACGGGGAGGUGAACCUGGUGCGGCACCAGCAGGACAACCAGCAGUAUGUCAUCAAAAAGUUAAACCUUAGAUAUGCUUCCAGCCGAGUGAGGAAAGCAGCAGAACAAGAGGCACAGUUGUUAUCCCAGUUGAAACACCCGAACAUAGUUGCCUACAGAGAAUCCUGGCAGGGGGAAGAUGGCCUCUUAUAUAUUGUUAUGGGCUUCUGUGAGGGAGGAGAUCUGUAUCAAAAACUUCAAGAGCGGAAGGGCGAACUUCUGCCUGAGAAGCAGGUGGUGGAGUGGUUUAUCCAGAUUGCCAUGGCACUGCAGUAUUUACAUGGGAAGCACAUUCUGCACAGAGAUCUUAAAACUCAGAAUGUUUUUCUGACACAAGCAAAUAUAAUCAAAGUGGGUGACCUGGGAAUAGCCAGAGUGUUGGAAAACCAGUAUGACAUGGCAAGUACUGUCAUAGGCACACCAUACUACAUGAGCCCUGAGCUCUUUUCUAACAAACCCUACAACUACAAGUCAGAUGUUUGGGCAUUAGGCUGCUGCGUUUAUGAGAUGGCUACACUGAAACAUGCCUUUAAUGCUAAAGACAUGAACUCUUUGGCUUACCAAAUUGUCAAAGGAAAGUUGCCACCCAUGCCAAAGGAUUACAGCCCACAGUUGGUAGAAAUAGUACGAACUAUGCUCAGUAAAAAACCCGAGGAAAGACCAAGUAUGAAAACGAUAUUGCGACAUCCGUAUAUUAAGCACCAAAUAUCUUCAUUUUUGGAAGCCCUAAAGGCGAAAGAAGCCAAAAGUCACAAGAGAAAAGUGAAUUCUAAAUCAAACCAUGCCCCUGAGCGAGCCAGGACACACAAAGUGAACUUGGAUUCUACUGAGAAGCUGCUAGCACCAUUUGUUCCUGUUGCAGUCCAAGAUGAGGUCUGUCCUGGAGCUUCAGUGGGUGCUCAGGAAAAAGUCACCUCCCACUUGCAGCCUCUUAGUUCUGUCAGUGAACCUUCUCUCUCGCAGCAUCAACAGAAGAAAACAGAGCUGGCAGAAGUUUCUUCAGAGAAGAUGCAGUUGAGCACAGUUGCUCCUCAGCCUUUAUCUCUUCCUUCUGACGUGGACACGACGACCACACUGAGAUGUGCCGAGCAGCAUAAUGCUGAAGCCUCUGAAUCUGUCCAUAGCACCAAGACCAGUCCAGUUGACAUUUCAAAGGGGCAGCCCUUGUCAGCAAGAGAACGAAGGAGGCUAAAACAGGCUCGGGAGAAGAUGCUUUCUGCUGUGGUGCCAGCAAGACGAACGUCAGACAGUGAAGUAGUUGGAGCAAAUUCACAUAUGGAAAAUCACAUUGAAGUUGCUCAGUCUUCAUCAGCUCCCAGUAUUUCUCAGAGAGAAACCCAUUGCCUCUCUGAUAACGACUUAAGCUCUUCCACAAGCUCUACAGAGAAGUCUGAUAGUGAUUCUAAGGAGAGAAAAAGCAAUGUGAAUGAAAUGAGUGACUUGGUGCAGCUGAUGACACGGACACUAAAAAUGGACUCUGAGGACAACUCUGAAUACUGUGUAACCUCCACUCAAGCCCCAGAGUUUAAACUUCAUAGAAAAUAUCGAGACACUUUGAUUCUGCAUGGAAAAUCAGCUGAUGAAUCAGAGGAUCUGAAAUUCGAAGAGAUUUCUUCAGAUACACUCUCAUUUCCUGAUAAGAUUAGGAGAAUGGUCGAAAUCCUGAGAUCUGAUGUGGUGCAAGGAUUGGGAGUGAAACUUCUUGAGAAGGUGUACAGCAUCAUGGAAGAAGAUGAUGAAUUGAAAAGAGAGGCGCAGUUGCGGGAGCAUAUGGGAGACAAGUAUGGAAGUUACAGCGCAAAGGCGCGGCACCUGAAAUUCCUUGAAGAAAAUGUGAAGUUCUGACCAGAACCUCCUUUCCUUAGAGAACAGGACUGUUUUACAGCUCAUUUGAUAGACUGGACCAGCUUACAAAACCUAUUCUGGAAUAAGGAGGUGAGCUUGCAAAAAACCACUAGUUUGUAGUAAUAUAUUUCAUGUUAAAAUGUGAACCAGGCUCUCACUUCCUCAGAAUAGAAACUGGUUUAGUUUUUGUUCUCUGAAUGAAACUUUUUCAAGUUGCUUUUUUAUAGUUACAAACAGGGACAAAUACCAAGUUUUGUAUAAGGAAUGUCAAAAAGUAGAUACUUUGUUUACCAUUUGCUAUGGCAAAUUCUGCUUGGUAUGGUCACCUACUACAGUUACAAAACCUAUACCAAGGUGAUGGUGUGAUAAGCUAUAAGCUAUUGCAUCAAAUAGUUGUGAACAUUCAGCAGAGAGAAUUCAGGGGGGAAAAAAAAAAUCAGAGCAAGAAAUUUCAGAGCCUCUGGACUCUCUUAAGUUGCCAAAUUCAAGUGCUGAAGGGGGUGGCUGUAUUGCUUUCAAGCAAGAGCCUUUGCUUUUGUGUUUUAUUGCUAAAGCAAUCACCAAGGUGGUGUCAACUAUUUGGUAACUGGCUAAAAUAAGUCUGAGAACGUUAGAAGGAACAUGCACACAUGCACUAUUACUAUGGUUCCAGCUAGAGAAGUCCUUUUGCCUUAAACAUAUUGAUUCCUUUUAGGAAUCAAAGUGCUCACGACCAGGAUUGACUAAGAGAAAUAGAUGUCUUUAGUUCUUCCCUACUUUUGCAUCUAGAUUGUGUUGCUACCCCUGCCCAGGUAUUGUCAGGUAUUGUCACUACAGAAAAAACAAAAAAGUCUCAUUUUUAAAGGAUAAAGAAGUUGAAUUAUAUUUGUAAAAUAAAACUUUAAAUGCACAA